ACCCCUCCCUCCUUUCCUCCUUCCAUGCCUAGCCGCCUCCCCUCCCCGCGUGUCAUGGGGAGGCGGUGCCCGGGCGCAUCAGCUGGCAACGAGCGACCGCCUCCCGGGCCUGAGCUAGAAACCCAGGAUGGCAACGGAGCAGGCAGCACCAGAAGCCGGCAAAGGGGAAUCGUCGCCGGCGGGGCCUGGAGCGCUGUGCUGAGCCGGCAGCAGUAGUGUUCCUCUUUCUGCAGGCAAAAGACCUUCCAAGUCCCCUCAGCCAGCAAUGGGUACAGUCCUGACAAGGACGACAACAACACAGCAACAGCAACAGCAGAGUCCUGGAAGCUUGUGACUCUCCCUUCCCAAGUGAACAAUGGUUCUCCUACGGCAGUUUGGGCUUCUUCUCUGGAAGAACUACAUCUUGCAGAAGCGACAGAUCUUGGUGACGGUCAUAGAGAUCUGCCUGCCGCUGUUGUUUGCUGCGAUCCUCAUUGCCCUUCGCCACCGAGUGCACUCAAUCAACCAUCCCAAUGCCACCAUCUAUCCAAGCAAGCAGGUGGAUCAGCUGCCCCCUUUCUCCUCUCACUGGUAUCCGAGUAGACCCUUGGAGCUGGCCUACGUCCCCUCUACCAACACAGCUGUGAAGAGCAUUGUUGAGGCUGUGGAGAAGGCUCUGGCAAUCGGCACUAAAGCUCGAGGCUUCCCAUCCGAGAAAGACUUCGAAGACUAUAUCAGGUUGGACAACCGCUCUGGCAACGUUUUGGCCGGUAUCGUUUUUGAACACUGCUUGGCUCACAGUCGAGAGCCCUUGCCAUUGCAGGUUAGUUACCGACUGCGUUUCAAAUACAGCCCAAGGAAUGCCCCUCGGAGCGAACAGAUGGGCCUUAACCCUAACCUGGACCGAGACUGGCACACGAGCUACCUCUUCCCACUAUUCCAGUUACCGGGACCCAGAGAAGUCAAGUUCGAUGACGGAGGGACACCUGGAUACUACCGAGAAGGCUUCCUGGCAGUGCAGCACGCUGUGGACAAAGCAAUCAUAGGGUACCACUCCAACGCAUCUGCUGUCGAUCUGCUUGAGAGGGUCACCGUGGUCGUCCGCCGCUUCCCGUACCCGCCCUACGUCAAUGACCUCUUCAUCCUGGCCAUCCAGAACCAGCUUCCCCUGCUGCUCAUGCUGAGCUUUACCUAUACCUCACUCAACAUUGUCCGUGCGGUGGUGCACGAGAAGGAGAAGAAGCUGAAGGAGUACAUGCGCAUGAUGGGCCUCAGUAACUGGCUGCACUGGAGCGCCUGGUUCCUCAUGUUCUUCCUCUUCGUCUUGGUGUCCAACUUUUUUGUCACUGUGCUCUUCUGCGUCAAGGUGAGCGAACAGGGAGCAGUGCUCACAAACAGCGACCCAACUCUGGUGUUCACUUUCCUAACAGCCUUCUCCAUCUCUUCCAUCACCUUCAGCUUCAUGGUCAGCACUUUCUUCUCCAGAGCAAAUGUGGCCGCUGCUGCUGGGGGCUUCCUCUAUUUUUUCUCCUACAUUCCAUACUUCUUUAUCUCCCCCCGCUACGACACGAUGACUCACAACCAGAAGCUUUCAUCCUGCCUCAUCUCCAAUGUCGCCAUGGCUAUGGGAGGCCAGCUGAUUGGCAUGUUCGAAGGGAAAGGCGCUGGGGUGCAGUGGAGGGAUCUGCUGAAGCCAGUCAGUGUGGAUGAUAACUUCACAAUAGCUCAUGUGUUGGGGAUGUUGCUCCUGGAUUCUGUGCUCUAUGGCUUAGUGGCCUGGUACGUGGAGGCCGUCUUCCCAGGAGAGUACGGCAUCCCACGGCCCUGGUAUUUCUUCAUAAUGCCUUCCUAUUGGUGUGGGAAUCCCCAGAUCGUUUUGGGGAAAGAGAUGAAGGAGGAGGAGGACCCAGAGAAGGCCCUGAAAAGCCAGUACAUGGAAGAGGAGCCAUCUGACCUGGUGUCGGGGAUCAAAAUAAAGCACCUCUCCAAGGUGUUCAAAGUGGGGAACAAGGCCAGGGAAGCAGUGCGGGAUCUGACCCUUAACAUGUACGAGGGGCAAAUCACGGUCCUUCUGGGUCACAAUGGGGCUGGGAAAACGACGACUUUGUCCAUGCUCACAGGACUGUAUCCGCCAACAAGUGGCCAGGCGUACAUCAAUGGCUAUGAGAUUUCCCAGGGCAUGAAUCUGAUCCGAAAAAGUCUCGGCCUUUGCCCUCAGCACGACGUCCUCUUUGACCACAUGACGGUGGAAGAGCACCUCUACUUCUACUCUGGGUUGAAAGGUUUUCCUGCAGAGAAAUGCCCAGAGGAGAUCAACCGUAUCCUGCACAUCCUCAACCUUCAGGAGAAACGCUUCUCUCUGUCAAAGGCAUUGUCUGGGGGGAUGAAACGGAAGCUCUCCAUUGGCAUUGCACUCAUUGGAGACUCCAAGGUGGUCAUGCUGGAUGAGCCAACGUCCGGCAUGGACCCGGUUUCUCGGCGAGCCACCUGGGAGCUCUUGCAGCAGCAACGGAGCAGCCGCACCAUCCUCCUCACCACGCACUUCAUGGAUGAAGCAGAUCUGUUGGGCGACCGCAUAGCAAUUAUGGCUAAAGGGGAGCUCCAAUGCUGUGGGUCUUCGCUCUUUCUCAAGCAUAAAUAUGGUGCAGGAUACCACAUGGUGAUGGUGAAGGAGCCCUGCUGUAACCUUGGAGAAAUCUCCCGUCUCAUCUACCAUUAUGUGCCCAAGGCCACCUUGGAAAGCAAUGCUGGGGCGGAGCUCUCCUUCAUCCUGCCCAAAGAGAGCACGCACAGGUUUGAGGCUCUGUUCACAGAGUUGGAGUUCCGGCGAGAAGAGCUGGGCAUUGCCAGUUACGGAGCCUCGGUCACCACUAUGGAGGAAGUUUUUCUCAGAGUUGGCAAGCUGGUUGAUUCCAGCAUGGACAUUCAAGCUAUCCAGCUGCCGGCUUUGCAGUACCAGCACGAGCGGCGAUCCAAUGACUGGGCCAUGGAUGACUCCAGCAGCCUGAGCGGAAUGACUGACAUGACGGACGACAGCGGGGCUCUGAUCACAGAAGAUUGCUCCAACAUUAAGCUGAACACAGGGUUCUACCUCUGCUGCCAGCAGUUCUACGCCAUGUUCAUGAAGAGGGCUGUGUACAGCUGGCGCAACUGGAAGAUGAUGAUAGCGCAGUUCCUGGUGCCUCUCAUUUUCACUGCCCUUGCCCUGAUUGUGGCCAAGACCUUUCCAGGGUCACAAGACUCUUCCCUGCUGAAGCUGACCUUGAAUCCGUACGGCCAGACAACGGUGCCCUUUUCAGUCUCCCAAGAAUCCAGCUUGGCCCAGAGACUAGCAGCGCAGUAUAAAGAUAUUGUGGAUGCUGAGCACCAAGAACCACUGGAGGUGGUAGGCGACUUGCAGGAAUACCUGAUUUCUCGAGCAGUCGAAGAGGCGGGAGCCUUUAAUGAGCACUACCUUGCAGCAGCUUCCUUCGAAGAAACUGAGGGCCAAAUGCAGGUCACGGCUCUCUUCAACAACCAGGCGUAUCACUCCUCCGCCACGGCACUGCUCCUGGUGGACAAUGCCUUGCUGAAGUUACUGGUUGGCCUGAAUGCUUCCAUCACAGUUGCAAACUAUCCACAGCCGCGCAAUGUCACAGAGACAGCAAAGGACCAGCUCCGGGAAGGCCAGACAGGUUUUGUCAUUGCAGUCAACUUGCUUCAUGGGAUGGCGUCCCUGUCCAGCACCUUUGCGCUCCUGCUAGUCAGCGAGAGAGCAAUCAAAGCGAAGCACGUGCAGUUCGUCAGCGGCGUCUAUGUCAUCACUUUCUGGCUCUCGGCCCUCCUGUGGGACCUCAUCAACUUCCUCAUUCCCUGCGUGCUCAUGCUGGUGAUAUUCCAGGCCUUUGAUGUGAAAGCCUUCACCCAGGACAACCAUCUUGUCGAUGUGAUGCAAAUCUUUCUCCUUUACGGCUGGGCCAUAAUCCCUUUCAUGUACCUGCUUAGCUUCUUGUUUUCUGUGGCCGCCACGGCCUACACUCGCCUCACCAUCUUCAGCAUCUUCUCAGGCACAGCCACCUUCCUGGCGGUCACUAUCAUGAGCAUUCCAGAGCUUGGGAUGGUGGAUCUUUCAAGAAUGCUGGAUAAAGUCUUUCUGAUCCUACCUAACUACUGUUUGGGAACAAGUAUCAGCGACUUUUACCAGAACUACGAGUUCAUUCAAUUCUGCUCUUCCUCUUUGGAGUCUGUCAUUGUCUGCAAAUUGUUUAAUAUUACUUUCCAAAGAAACUACUUUGCGUGGGAGAGCCCUGGGAUUGGCAAAUACUUGACUGCCAUGGCUGCACAGGGGCUCGUCUUCCUCAUCAUCCUCUUCCUCAUUGAGACCAACCUGCUUUGGAGACUGAGGAACCUUAUCUGCGGCAUGCACCGGCGGCGGAAGUGGGUGAUGCUUCUGAACAGAGUCCCUGUGCUUCCAGAAGACCGGGAUGUUGCAGAUGAGAGGAAGAAGGUUUUGGAGUCACCAACAGCAUCACUUUCAUCGCUGAACAGUCCCUUAGUCAUCAAGGAGCUUACCAAGGUGUACAGCAGCAGGGACUUAUGUCUGGCUGUGGACAGAAUAUCCCUGGCGGUCAGUAAGGGCGAGUGCUUCGGCCUGCUUGGCUUCAAUGGGGCAGGCAAAACCACCACCUUCAAGAUGCUGACAGGGGAUGAGAGCAUCACGUCGGGAGACGCCUAUGUGGACGGGCACAGCAUUCUAGCCGAUAUCAAAAAGGUCCAGCAGCGGAUUGGUUACUGCCCUCAAUUUGAUGCCCUUUUGGAUCACAUGACUGGGAGGGAGACCUUGAGCAUGUAUGCCCGGCUGCGGGGGAUCCCCGAGCGCUACAUUGGCAGCUGCGUGGAGAACAUGCUCCGAGGGCUGCUCUUAGAGCCACAUGCGAACAAGCUUAUCAGGACAUACAGUGGUGGCAACAAACGAAAACUGAGUGCAGGGAUAGCGCUGAUUGGUGGACCCCCGGUCAUCUUCCUGGACGAGCCCUCCACUGGCAUGGAUCCUGUCGCCAGGCGCCUGCUGUGGGAUGCAGUCGCUAGGACACGGGAGUGCGGGAAGUCCAUUAUCAUCACUUCUCACAGCAUGGAAGAAUGUGAGGCCUUGUGCACCAGGCUGGCCAUCAUGGUAAAUGGGCAGUUCAAAUGCCUGGGCAGCCCACAGCACUUGAAGAGCAAAUUUGGCAGCGGGUACACCCUGUUAGCAAAAACCCACAGUGACGAGGAGGACAACUUGCAAGCCUUCAAGACAUUUGUGGAGAAAACAUUCCCAGGUAGUGUCCUGAAGCACGAACAUCAGGGCAUGGUCCAUUAUCACCUUACCAACAAGAACCUCAGCUGGGCACAGGUGUUCGGGACACUAGAGAAAGCCAAAGAGAAGUACUGUGUAGAGGAUUAUUCCAUCAGCCAAAUCUCCUUGGAGCAAGUCUUCAUGAGCUUCACCCGUUUCCAGCACUACACAGAGGAUCAAGGGAAAUGAGGCGGAGCCUUUCUGCCGGCUCCACAGACUGACCCCGGUGCCUGUACAUAGAGACAGUAAUUUAUAUUACCAACCAUGUCUUCAACAAUGCAUAAAAAGGAUGGACAUCCUCAUCAGCUGGAGGGGUUGUGGGGGGACAUGUGGGGAGGCUCCCACUCGCCGUGGUGCUAGGAUCAAGAUGAAAAGCGUGCAUGGGUGAGCGUCUGCGCGUGUGUGUUGGUGUGUACGCUCGCAUGUGGCGAGGAGGCAUGGGAAAGACAAUGAAGGACUGCCUUUCAAGGCCGCCAGCCUGUAGGUCUUCGCUAGCUCUUACUCCACCUUUAAGCCAACCAGAGAGGGGACAGCGUUGCACCAUUGCCGUGCAGGGAGUGAGCCCCUGGUCCUGUGAUGGCUGGCGGUACUUGUACACGAGGAUCACUGGUGGGAUGGGGUGUCUUGCGUCCUCCAGAGCUUCCACUGGAUCAUGUCUCCGUGUUGUUGGCCCUGGGUGCCUCAGUCAUGGGGCAUUGGCAAGGCACACAUCUGUGCUUUGGCUGCGCCCCGUGUCUGCAUGAGCAAACUAAAUAACCUGUAGCAUUUCCGUCCAACCCGGCCCUGUCUUUUCACCGCUCAGUUUCCUCAGGUGGCAAAAAGGCAGGUAGAGAGAAAAGGCAGCAGGCAACUAACCAUAUUCCCCCCACCCUUGGAUCAGAUCCAGGGUCAUUUGUUGAUUUUACAUCUGGGGCUGAAUGCUGAAAACUGUGAGGCUGAAUUUGGUGGUGUAGCCCUCCUAUUCGGAACCCCACAAUGACCAUCCUUUCAGGGAGGUUCUCUGCAUCCAUACGUGCAGAUUCCUUUCCCCAAUAAUGUUGUCAGUGUUCACUGACUGAAACCGCAAAAAUGGUACAUACACACACACACACACACACACACAUAUAAAUCAAAUAAAUUCCGAAGGGGGGGUUGCUGUAGUUUAGAGCAAUGGAUCAUCUCCAGAUGUGGUUGGACUACAACUCUAUUAACGUGAACCAAAAAGGAAAGGAACCCAACCCAACCUAAACAAGCCUGGAAGAAUUCAGUUGGGCUAGAUGAUCUAUCUAUUCAAACAUUAAAUGUACUUUGUUA